AUGGCCAUCAAGGACUUCCCAUUCGAAGCAUACUGUCGCUCAAUUGUCCGCUUUCUGGACGCCCUUGAUUAUCAAGACGACAACCUGACGCACGAACAGCGUGAAGCAGAUCUCCAGUAUGUGCACAAUCAAGCGGCAGCAUGGUUUGAGCAGCACUCGCUUCAGACGGCACUUCGUAACGUCAACCCAAAGCACAUAGCAGCCUGUACGCGGACCAUCACCAACCUUGUCGUCUGCUACCUGCCACGAGUCUCCCGCGAAGUACUGGUCGACGUGACCAUCUACUUCUCCAUUAUCAAUAUCGUCGACGAUGACGUUGUGAUUGGCGGCACCGACCCAGCACCGCGAAUGACCUCGUUCUGGCCCGACUUGCUGCAGGGCAAAGACCAGCAACACCCAUACUGGACGUUGAUGAACGCUCACCUUCCGCAAUUACUCGCUCACUACGGUCCGUACUGCGGCUUCAACAUCAUCCGUUGCACCAUUGAUUACUUUCAAGGUUGUUGGAUUGAACAGCAUGACUUCGCCGGCUACCGUGGCUCAGACUGCUACCCAAUGUUCCUUCGAAAGCUGAACUCUCUGGGUGGUGUAGUCGGCGCAUCGAUGUUUCCAGCCUCGGACUUCGAUGAGCAAGUUGUGUUCAAGGAGAUCACUUGCGUCCUCGCCCAGAUCGACAACCCAGCAGGGCUUGUGAAUGACCUAUUUAGCUACUACAAAGAGUACGACCAGGCCGAGAUAAACCUUGUGGCUAACUGGUGCGAGGUUGAUGGCAUCUCGAAGGAACAGGCGCUUGACAGGCUGACAGAGCUCACCACUCACUCCUGCACUCGGCUGCUGGAGCUUUUCAAGGACAAAGAUCCGGCAGUGUUUGCGACUGUACGAGCGUUCAUGCACGGAUACGUCACUUGGCACUUCUGCGACUUGCGGUAUCGUCAACAUGAAAUCUUCGCCAGCGCGACGAAUUCACCAGAUGCCACGAAGUUCCGUGAGUACCUUGCAAAGGCCGCGCGCUUCGGCUGGGUUGAUAUGAGCAAGUGGGCAGCAACACAGCAGAGCCCUGCGGUCUUUACACAGCUGAGUAACGGGCACGAAGUCCAUGAAGUCAAGGUUGCAUCAUAA